AUGGAUAAUUUGGAUAAACUGACGAGUUGUGUAAGUCGAGUGUUAAAAGUAUGUUUCUCCGGAACACUAGUAGAACUGAAGGAGAGUAUACAGAAGUUGCUAGAGGUAGAUGAUCCAGAGCUCAACAACACUGGUGGCGCAAUAUCUAAGCACUUAUCAGUGAACGGAGACGAUAAGUGCUUCACAAGCUCGGAGCUCUCGGCACUGGAGUUCAUAAGAGACUCGAAGAAACACUGCGUAGCACACAUCGCAGCAGCAGGAGGGAACUUGGAAGUUCUGAAGACACUGCUGACAUCGUUGCCAAACCUGGCACGAGUGGAGGAUGAAAACGGAGAAAAUUCACUAUUUUACUCAAUAAGAUCACUAAGCGAUCACGGGGAGGCUGAUGGUACUGGCGUCAGUGAUAGUAGCACUAAGAUGGAGUGCUUGAUGUUGUUGAUCGGCCACAGUGGCGUGAACAGCGUCAACAAAGAAGGAGUCAGCGCACUGCACGCAGCCUGCGAGUUGGGAGACGUGAAAACAGUGAAGGCACUUAUAGAAAGGAGCGCAAACGUAAAUUUAUACUGUGACCAACUUGGAACACCGCUAAACGUAUCAGUGGCACGAGGAUACCAUGACGUAUUUGAGCUUUUACUGAAUAAUGGAGCAGAUCCAAAUGUUACCGCCAGUAGUUCAAACGGUAGAGUUGGCUUGUCAGUUAGAAGAUGUCCACCGCCGAUAGUAUUUGCAUCGAGUACCGGGCAGUUGGAAAUAGUGAAGAAGCUAUUGGAUAAAGGAGCGGAUCCAAACUUGGCCGACUACGAGGGGUGGACAGCACUGCACUGCGCAUCGGAGUUAGGGUAUUUGGAAAUAGUUAAACUGCUGGUUCUCUACAAAGCCAAUCCAAACAUUAAGACAGAAGAUAAAAACGCGUACUAUUUGGCUGUUUAUAAUGGCCAUGUGGAAGUGGCAGAGUACCUAAAGCAAUAUACAAAUCCGUCAGAUGUGAUAGAGUUUAUACACACGAGUAAAGAUAACCCGGAUAGUAAAGAUGAACAUAGUGGCGGUAAACUCGAAAACAAAGUGGAAUUGAAAGAAGAGGAGCUGAAUGAAAACGAGAAGGAAGAGCACAGGAAAUUGGUCCAUGAAUCGAAGAAUGAGGGAAACAGAUUAGCACUCUCACUGUGUCCAAUUGGACCUAAUUUCAAUGAAUUGAGAUCAAUAUUGUACUCUAAUCGCAGCUUUACAAAUUUAAAACUGAAGAGAUACGAAGAAGCCCUGGAAGAUUCAAAGCAAAGUAUUAAGCUAAAUCCGAGCUGGAGUAAAGCAUAUUUGAGAAUGGCGAAUGUGUACAGAGACAUGGGAGAGAUAGUGGACUAUCUGCAUAACCUAUUCCAGGCGUUCGUCAAGGAUUCCGAAAACACAGAACUGAAAAACCUCUUCCAGAAGGAAUUUAGUAAAUAUAGAGCAAGUUAA